AUGACUGAGGCGAGCAGGCCCUUGCUGGACGGGCAAGCCCGCUCCUCCUCUCCUACCCCAUCUCAACAAAGACUAGGAGCCCGUCCAGACCAGCCUCGCCGAUCAUUUGAACUGUCUUCCGAAUCCACACCACUACUUCAUCGCCGCGAUGAUGCCGCAGCCUACGGGACUGAACGGCCUUCGUCAGCUGCAUCUCGAAGAUCGACCUCGACCGAAGGAGACGCUCAGAAGAAACCCAGCCGAGUGCGAUGGCCGACCAUCAUAUCUCUUGUUUUAUUAACGACCGGAGUCCUAUCUAUUCUGAUCUUCGCCUUUGCCGCGCCGGCUGUGGUCAAAGAGUAUGCCCAAGAAGCUGCAGUAUUCAAACCUACCGCACUAUCAAUCGACUCUACAACUCCCGAUGGUGUUCGCGCCCGUGUCCAGGGUGAUUUUGUCAUGGAUGCGAAUCGUGUCAAGAGUAACUCGAUUCGAAGAUUCGGCAGACUCGCCACUUGGAUAGCACGGGAGGUUGAGUCGGGCGAGUCGGACCUUGAAGUGUAUCUGCCGGAGUACGGCAACGUUCUCGCUGGCACGGCGAAAUUACCCUCUAUCAAAGUGAACAUCCAAAAUGGACAUGAGAACCACGUCGAUUUUCUUACCGAUUUGGCGGCUGGAGACGUCGAAGGUAUACAUUCGAUUGCGAUGGAUUGGAUAGAAGGCAGACUGGAUCGUCUGAGAAUCCGCGGCAAGGCUACUCUACACCUGUCGACCGGUCUCAUUGCCCUCGGCGAACAAAUAAUCACCGACACGAUCACAUUUGAAGAACACGACUUCCCCGCCCUACCAGUGAUCAGCCUCACGAGGUUUAACGUACAUGACGCUAAAAAUGGGGCCAUGGCCGUUGAUGUGGCUCUUACUGCAAAGAUUGAUUCGCCGAUCGCACUCACAAUACCACCUCUUGGAUUCGACGUGCUUGUGCCCAACUGCUCACCCGGCGACCCUCUUAUCAUGGUUGCCAAUGCCUCCACAGCAGAGGUUGCAGUCCAUACCAACGCGCCAACGGACGUCAACGCCAAAGGUCUUAUCAAGAGAAUACCAGAUGAGUUGACGAGCAGUUGCCCGGGAGGAAGGGACUCGCCUUUGGAUCUGUUGGUCUCGGGCUUCAUUCAAGGUCAGGAGACCACCAUCUUUGUUCGUGGUGCGGAAGCUCCACUGGCUCAAACACCCGACUGGAUAGCCACUCUACUGCGCAGUGUCACCGUGCCAUUCCCUUUCACGGGACACGCUUUGGAUGACCUGGUCAAGAACUUCACUAUGACGGACACACAUUUCUCGCUCCCUGAUCCUUUCGCUGAGCCCAAUACACCAGAAGCAUCGCCAUCGGUGUCGGCUGUUAUGAAGGUUCUCAUUGGCUUGCCGGAGGAGAUGAACUUCCAGGUCGAUGUUCCUCGUGUCCGAGCCAUAGCGAAUGUGUACUAUCGAGGUAACCAGCUCGGGGUCUUGAACCUCGACAAGUGGCAAGAUUCCAACUCAACUAUGACAGAGGACGAGGAUGGUCUGGCCGCCCUACUGGUGGAGUUUGCUAUCAAGGACGCUCCACUAGAGGUAACCGACAGUGACGUAUUGUCGCAGGUUGUUCAGGCGAUGCUUUUUGGCGACAAGGCAGUGGUGCUGCACGUUGCUGCCACCGUAGAUACAAAGGUUGAGACUGGCCUGGGCCGCUUGACAGUACGUGGCAUCCCGGCUUCUGGGGAUGUCCCUGUGAACACUUCAACCGGCAACAUGUUUGAUCAUCUAAAUCUUCGUGUGGGUUCCUUGUCUUUGAACAAUUCUACAGAAUCAUCGCUCUCGGCCUCAAUUGAGGUGAACUUUACAAACCCUACAAGCUACUCGGCAACGAUUCCCUUUGUUGACUUGUUGGUGUUAUACAACGGGUCAUCCAUUGCCCAUAUCACUGCUCGCGAUAUCGAUAUCCAACCCGGAAACAACAGCAAUAUACCGGUAGAACUUUCCUGGAGCCCAUUGGAGAUGAAUGGGACUGAUGGUGUGGAAGCUGGACGAACCCUCGUUUCUUCCUAUAUAUCAGGAUAUAACACAACAGUCUCCGUUCAAGCCCACGAAAGAUCAAUCCCAGCUAUUCCUCAACUAGGAAAGGCAUUGUCAGCUAUUCCUUUCAACAUUUCAGUCCCUGCUCUCUCCACACCAGGAUCCCCAGAUCAUGGAAAAGAGCCGCAUUUCAUCCAGGAUGCAACGCUUCAUCUUUGGUCAUCGACCACUGAUUUCACCCUCUUCUCGCCAUUAAACAAGACAAGCAUCACAAUAACCUCAAUUGAAGCGACUGCCUAUUACGAGGGAGACGAGCCUCUCGGCAGGAUAAAAUAUUAUAAACCUUUCGACGUCCCGCCUGGUUUAUCUCAAACUCCGCGUAUCCCAGUCGACUUGAUACUGGGUGGAGUUGGGUACGACGCUCUGCGCAAGGCACUCGGACAAUCGCUAGAAAUGGACGCGGUGGCCAAAAUCGGAAUCAAAGUUCUGCAGUACACCGAUAUCAUACUCUAUCGGGGUAAAGGGAUUGCAGCAAAUGUUAGACUAUAG